CAAGGCCGGGGCGGCCCGCCAUGGAGGCCGUGCUGGAGCAGGUGGAGCAGCUGCCCGCGCUCCUGGCCGUCUCCCGCUCCGCGCUGGUGCGGGACUGGGACGCCCUGACCCUGGACAGGGCGCUAGAGUGGGGCCGGUAUUUCCAGCACCUCCACGAUCGCUUCCGUACCCGGCCUCGGCUCCGGGAGGCCCUCGGGCGGCGGCUGCGGCGGGGUCAGCCGAGCCCUCUGCUCGGCUUCCCCCACCUGGGACGCUGCCCGCAGCUGCUGGGCCUGGCGCUGCUGGAGAACCGCGCUCUGCCUCCCGCCGCCUGCCGCCGCCUGAUCCGCGGCCUGCUGCAGCCUGCCGGCGCGGAGGCCGGCCCCGAGCCCCGCAGCCUGGCGCUCCUCGCCCGUCGGAAGGCCGCCUCCCGCCUGCUGGCGCUGCCCAGCGGUCCGCCGCGGACCCCGGAGGGGAUGGCGCCGCAGCUGCGAACGGAGGCGCAGCUGCUGCUGAGCCGGCUGCGGGAGGAGGUGCAGGAGGCCGAACCGGCGGGGGAGGCCGCGGGGCGGCUGCGCUGGCUGUCCGGUGUCCUGGAGGAGCUCCCCCAGCCCCGGGCCUUCGAGGUGGUGGCGGCGGCUCUGCUGCUGCUGCUGAGGCCGGGGAGUGACGCUGAGCAGGCCGGAGACAGGGGUCGGGAUGGGAAGAGCCUAGACCGAAACCAGGCGAGUGCAACGGGAGAUGAAGGCGUUGCCGGGCUCCUGCUUUCCUGGCUGCUGGGGAACUUGGAGCGGUUUUCUGCCUUCUGCCUUUUUCUCCCAGGCUCCCUUCUUGUCUCCCUAGCUGGUCACUAUUCCCAGCUCAGCAGACCUUAUUUGGACCUCUUAACCGGCUGGGGAAGCCGCUUGCUCUAUGACCCCUUGCAGGGACGGUGGGUUAAAAGUUGUCUUGACAAAGCUGAAUUGUCCUGGGAGGAGCUGAGGGAGCGCUUCACCUGCCUCUGUCAGGGAUCUGCACUGCUCAGGGGACAGACCCAAGCUGCUCUGAAACUCCUGAAGGCACGGGAUGGAGACUUUACAGUCUGUGGCCUGAGUGUGUGGACUGACUUACAGAUGGAAGUAGAGGAAUAUCUGAGGAAAGAAGCAAAGCGCUAACCCGUGAACCCAAAAGCAACAUGAAAACUUCUGAAAUCCAGCAAAUCUGCUUAAAUCUAUUUGAUAUGAAAGGCAAGAAAACCAUAUCUCGCUUGAGGUUGAAAACCAAGCAUUGUUGUGACUGCAGAUCACACUAUUUCUGACUGCAUGUGAAGUCUUUUGGGGAGGCCUGGUGCUUUCUUGUAAUUGCGCUGUCAAUUCUGGUCACUGCAGGAGAUCUCUCUCUUUUCAGUACUUGCUGCUCACCUAAUAAAAUUAAGAAAAUGC